UGUCCCUAUAUGAAGCUGGCGAUGGCCGGGGAGAGGCAAUUAUCCGGGACUGUCAUAGAGGACGGGAGAUGGAAUAGAAGAGCAGAGGGGCAACCCAGGAGAGGAUAUGUCAGGUGCUUGUGCAGUGUCACAGCAGGGUCUACUUACCUGUCACAGGCUGCCCUUCCCACCUCCAUGGGCACCUACCUGGGUGACUACCUAACUUCCUCCUGGAGUCCCAUAACACAGUGAUCCGAGCUCUUCUACUAAUCCCCAUACAUAGAGGCAGGAGCACUUACCUGGACAGCAGGUGCACCAAGAGCAGCCACCUAUCCGGGGCUGUGCCAGCCUGGGGUGCCCGGCAUGCAGUGAGCGGACGGGAGAUGCCCUCUGCCCGGAUCGCGGUGCUGCUCACCUGCCUGUGGCUCCUCCUGGUCCCGGUGCGGUGCUGCGGACCUGGCCGGGGGCCGUCGGGUCGGAGCCGUUACCGGCGCAAGUUGGUGCCCCUCCGCUACAAGCAAUUCGUGCCCAACGUGCCCGAGAAGACCCUGGGGGCAAGCGGCAAGACCGAGGGCAAGAUCCGCCGGGACUCCGACAGGUUCAGGGAGCUGGUCCUCAACUACAACCCCGACAUCAUCUUCAAGGAUGAGGAGAACACCAUGGCCGACCGAGUCAUGACCGAGCGCUGCAAGGAUAGGGUGAACGCCUUGGCUAUCUCUGUCAUGAAUAUGUGGCCAGGAGUACGGCUACGGGUCACAGAAGGCUGGGACGAGGAUGGACACCAUGCCCAUGACUCCCUGCACUAUGAAGGACGUGCAGUUGACAUCACAACUUCAGACCGAGACAAAAACAAAUAUGGCAUGUUAGCUCGCCUGGCAGUUGAAGCUGGCUUUGACUGGGUGUACUAUGAAUCGAAAGCACACAUCCAUGUCUCAGUGAAAGCAGGUACCCUUUCUGGAGACAACUCCUUAGCUGUCCGUUCUGGUGGCUGCUUUCCAGGAACCGCCAUGGUCAAUAUUAUUAGCGGGCAACGUAAACCUCUGUCAGAAUUGCAACUUGGUGAUAAAAUCCUUACCACAGAUGAAACAGGACAUUUGAUAUCAACAGAGGUUUUGCUGUUUUUGCACAAAGAUCUGGAUGAGCCAGCCACGUUCAUAGUUAUUGAGGCUGAAGGACAUCCAUAUAGCCUUCGGCUUACCCCAAACCAUUUGAUCUUUGCAACCAGAGACCCACUGGCGGGAUUUUUGCCAGUUUAUGCACAUCGUGUCCAGGUUGGGGACUUUGUUCAAAUAUUUGCUAAUGGCACUCAGCUGCUGCCAUCUAAAGUUGUAAAUGUGUCCAUACAAGAAAAAACUGGGGUUUAUGCUCCACUGACUGCUCAUGGAACCAUUCUUGUAGAUGGUGUAUUGACAUCUUGCUAUGCAAAUAUUGAAUGGCAUGAAAUAGCACAUAGGUCAUUCGCUCCUAUAAGACUACUUUACAACCUGUUCUUCAUUCUUCCAGAAUUUAUGGGGAAUGAUGGGAUUCAUUGGUACUGCCACUUCCUGAUUGUUCUGGCCAAAAAAGUCCUUGGAUGGGAAAUUCCUUGAUAUGCUAUACAAGAGGAUGGAUUUAACUGGAAAUGCUGCUGACAUGUGUUCCCUCAGAUCUCGAGUUUCCUGUUUUGCCUAUCUGCUGAGUACAGUUCAGCAAAUAACAGCUUGCUAAGAGUCAUGGUCUUGAAGGAACAUGGUCCCCAAAGAGUGACUAUUAUACAAAGCUGGUGGCUAAUAUUAUUUGCAAUCAGAGGGACCUUGAAUGUGCUAAAUUAUUGUGCAGAUAAUUGGUUAAGAGGGUAAUUCCUAAAAUUGUUUAAGAAAUUGCAAUUUUUUGGGGAAAUUCCUAUUUUAUAGGAAGACAUUCUGAUAUAGAGAGAAUAGAAAGUAGAUGUUUGAUCAUUGGAAGGGGGGCCUUUUGUAGUUUUCAGUUAUAUCCCAGUCAUGGCAGCCUCUCAUUAUGCUUGCGUCAACCUCAAAUCACAAACGAAUUCCCAUGUGAAGAACUUUGCAGAGACUCUUAUGCCGCGUACACACGAUUGGGAUGGAAUUCAUCAGAAUUUCCAAUGAAACAACUCCGAUGGGGCUACACAAGAUCGGAAAGUCCAUCAGACUUUUUCUCGGAAAUUCCAAUCGUGUGUACAUGGCAUUAGACAAACCAGGGCAGAAGACAGAUUCACACAUACGUUGUAUAAGUGUCAGUUAAUAAAUGUACGGUAUGUUGGCUUUUGAAGAAUAA